AGCGCGGGAAAACAGAAAGGGAGAAAAGGCAUCUGGCGCUUGUUCAGCCUUUUUAUCUCACUCUCCCACCAGUUUCUUGGCAAUAAAAUAUGCACGGAAUUAAUAUUCAUUGUCAUCGUUUUCCUCUCCCUCUCUCUCUCUCUCUUUGCCUUUUUUAAAUUUUCUUCCGUCUCUCUCACUCUCGUCUACUCUUUCCAUACCACAUCUAGCUAUCUCUCUCUCCCAUCCCCCUUUAUUCUCUCACUUUAACCAUCGCCCCUCUCUUUCUCUCCCUCUGAGGACCUAAAUUUCCUUUGAGGAAGACGUCGGAAAAGAGAACUAUGGCUGCGAUCUCAGAAACCUUCUCUAUCAGGGAGUUUGUGAUGACGAUGAGGAGCGUGGAUGUGACGAGAUGCUGGCCGUUCGAUGGAGGAAUCCCGCGGACGGGAAGAGUUGAGGACGACGGCAGCCUACCGCCCAUGACUUGCCGGAAAUUCAGAUGGUGGUCGUCCGAGAGAGCCCGCAUCGCGGCCUCCCACCAAGAACGCUCGACGCGUACGGAGUCAGAAAACCGGAGUCAGGAUCUUGAAACCGGGGGUGGUGACGAUGGAGGAGAGGAAGGCGGUUUUGAGGACGAGGAGGAUGACGGGGCCGGGCGGCCCACCUCAGCAGAUGGUCAGGACGAUGGUUCGCCAGGAGAUGGACGGCGGAGGGCGAAGUUUAAGGUGCCCAAGAAGAGAUCCAUCGUCGACAUAUUCGCCCACACGCCGGAGGUGGGCGGCGAUGAUGGUGGUGAUGGGGCUGCUGUUGAGGAGAACAAUAUGGAUAAGAAGAUGAAAGCGUUGACACCGACCAAGAAGCUGACGAAAAUCAAGAAGCGGAAGAGAAGAAAGAAGAAGGUGCUGACGAUGAAGAAGGGGUCAAAGAAGAAGAAUGGUGGUGUAGGUAAGAAGGUGGUGACUAAGAGGAAGAAAAGUGCAGACGGCGAGAACGUCGACGUGGAAGCUGCCAAGGUGAAGAAGAAGAAAAAGAAGAUGAUGAUGGUGGAGACUGUAAUGGAUAGUGUUCUCGCCUCGACGCCAUGUGCGACUGAUGCCAAGGCAAAAUUUCAACCACCUAGAGCAGCUUUACCUGAUCAUUCUUCUGGAACUAGUAAAGAGGCAUCAAGCAGUAGGCAGUUGGGGAAGGCAAAAGUGGUUGUCACUGCUAUCAAGAAAAACAUUUCAACCAACAAAAGAAAGAUAUUGAAGAAAGACCGGUUGAAGUCAAUACACUCACAUAAACAAACUUGGGAACAUCAACAGAACAAAUCAUGUGCUUUUCCAUCCCAUAGCAUUCUAAAGACCCAGACUAAGGCUUCACCUGUGCAAAGAACUUCUGCAAGCCAUGAAAAGGGUCACAAUCUUGGCAUCUCAUGUACCUCUCAGGUUCAACAAUCUGUCAGGCAUGUAAGGUUUUCAGGUAAGGAUGACAUUCUUGGCCAGAAAGACAUGGAUCACCCUUUCAUGGAUACCUUGCAACUGAAAGUACCUGCAAAGGAAUUCUCUGAAGUCGUGUCUGCAUCAUCUCUUCCAAAACCUUCUCAUCUUGCAACUGAAACUGACGGUGUUUCCGAAGUUAUGCUUCCUAGCAAGGAUGUGGAUGCUGAUUGUGGUUCUGGGAAAGCUAAUGCUCUCGCUGUUGAAGGUGAUAGAAGUAGAUUUCCAGAUGACAGUAUUCAAGUCAGAGAUUUCCAUCACAUAGUUGCAGUGGACUCCGAUGUUCUAUGUCAUUCUAGAAGCUCAACUGGUGUCCCAGAAACAUCUCCUCUUGAAUAUGUAGACUUGAAUCAGGCCUCUGAUAGUUCCUGUACAGUUUCUCUACAGUACACUGUGCAUCAUGCAAAUCACAAUCAGCAAGAAUGUCUUUCAAUUGAUAGAACUAAUCAAGAAGUUGGAACUCAAACAGGGGAGAGCAUUCCAUGGAUGUCAAAUGUCAAUAAAAGAAUGCAAACACUAGACAGAAUUACACUAUCUGAUGUGACAGUUUCUAUACCAUGUCUGAGUAGAAGCAUGAAUUCUUCCCUGGCUGGUUCAUCCAAGGGAACCAGCAUGGGACCUACAUUUCUAAAGCCCCAUCUUAUCCAGCCAGGCAUGCCAGGUCCUGCAAGUUGCUUGCUACAUUAUCAAUCUUCAUGUGCUCUUCCUACAAAAGAUCCAACAGCCUGGGGUUGUUCAGCACCUAUGUUAAACCAAUUGUUUCCAGUAAGCAGGGAGUCUUGGAUGCCCACAAAAUCCUUGGAGUCAAUCCCUGACACUGUCAAAUUAUCCAGAGAAAGGUUUGCCAAUGAUGAUUUUAUUGGUUUACCUCUAAAUUCUCACGGUGGUCUCACUCAGAUGCAUGAUCAGAUCCUCAGAAAACACACACUUGUUUCUGGACCAACCAACACCUUCCCAUUAUGUAACACUAUGGAGGCAGGGGAUGAUAGGGGCCACUCAAAUGAUGGCCCUGGAGCCUAUAAGCAUGAUUUUAAAUUCUUCUCAAAUAAAAGGCCUCACAAAAUGAAUGGUUUACUGAAUGUGGCUUCACAAACAAAAUCUAAUUCGCUUGAGUUGAAAGACUUGGAGCAGACAGAAACAGAUUUGGAAUCAACGAUCUUAUUGGGUUUUGGGUCCAGACAAACUUACCAAUCUCUAGAUCAUAAAGGAAAGGAGAAAAGUAAUGAUCUUGAGAACUUUGGCUCUGCAUUUCAGUCAGAUCCUCUUCCAACAGUGCGUUUGAUGGGGAAAACUGUCACAGUUGGUCGAAGCAGUGAAGUUGACCAAGGUUCAAAAGAUCCUAUAAUGUGGUCAGAUAAGGAAGUUAUAGCUCAGCAUACUCUUCCUUUUACUGUUUCUAACAAUUUGGUCAGAAAUCAGUCUUUGGAGCCAGAACAGAUUAUUCAUCCAGCGCCAGAACCCAUGUUAGCUGCUUUGUCGUUUAAUCACAAACCACAAUUGGUUCCCAAGGACUCACUGUCUUCUGUCAUGGGGAGAAUUGGGUCCAAAUAUCAUAAUGCGAGCCAUUCUGUGGCUUCCCAUACAGCAGUGGAGCACCCUAUGCAAAUACCUGGAACCCAGUUGACAGGGAAAGAGCCUACUCAUGCGAGCCAUCCAAGGUCAACCAUGCUCUCUGGUUCUUCUCCAGCUAUCAACCAUGCUGGGCAUGUAAACUAUAGAACUGCCUCUGCAAUUGGUCUUCCUCUAGCAACCCCUGAUUGCCAAGCACCAUUCCAAUUUUCAUGCCCUCGUCUUAGCACUCCAUACAUGCCACCAUGGCUUCUGAGCUCAACAAUCAAGGAACCCAAGAUGCCAUCUUCUUCUCAGACUCAUUCAGGUCCUACUUGCAGACGGUACUUAUGCAGUCUUCCAAACUCCGGCUUCUCACCUUCUGAACAAUAUACUGUAACCCCACUUUCAUCCAGCUUACAUAAACCCAGGCUCGAUUCUGCACUGUUGGCACCAUAUCAUGGCCUGGUAGCUCCAUCAGCCUCACAUAAUCUCAGUUCAUCUCAUUCUUUCCCAGAACAUGCACGUAGUUUCAGCUCUCUGCACAACCCCCAGCUCCUGCAAGGAUAUCCGGGUUCAGAGCCUGGUUGUUCAUUUAUUGCAAGUGGUGGCAGCAUCUGCAGUAUUGGCAAAAAGAGAAAGUCUGGUCUCCGUCCUGGAAGCAACUGCACAUCCCAAUCCAAAAAACUCAAGAAAAAGCAUAACGUGACUGCAAAUGCAAAUGGCAAUACUUCUGAAUCCCCAAGCUUCAGGAAAACAGAGGCAGUCAAGUCACAGACUGGGAUUACAAAAAAGAAGCAGCAACAGGAAUACCUCCACUAUGAUGCCUCUGCCCCUGUACUAAAUAUUUGCAGAGAUGGACAAGUUGGUAGUGGCCUAUAUGGUAGUAUGAAUUGCUUUAAAACAAGUCCAGUGACAAGGCCAGGGCCUAUCAAGCUCAGUGCAGGGGCCAAACACAUACUUAAACCUGGUCAAAAGAUGGAUAAGAUUAACUCCACACUGACUCAUUCCACGUUACCUUUUGCUGGUAAGUCAUCAAGUAAGGGACUGGAUACUAAGAAGAAGAUCGCCAGGAUCUACAAGUUUUGACAGCAAGUUUGUCUCGGAGUGUCAGACCUGAUAUGCCUGAGUUAGAGAAACAGUGGUAGUUAGAAAUUGAUUCUUCAUAGCCUAUUAGAUUAAGGAAUUUAAUUUUAAGCCUAUAGGGCAGGCUCUGCUGCAGCAUCGUGACAAAGGAACUUUUACUUCCAUAUCCAUAUCCUUCAAGCAAAAGGCUGCAGAUAGUAGCUUGGUUUUCUUGGUAUGAAGCAAAGCAUCAACAUGCUUUCGUUCCAUGAAAAGAACCUAGCAUUCUAUCAACUUAAAGUUUUAAUAUCUCUUCCAUCCACCAAAAGCAAAAUCUAGGUAUCCUGAUGGACCAGCUUGCCAUGCAAAGCAAGAACCUUUUUUAGUUAGGCCUAUCUACCGCAACGAGUUGUAUCAUUAUCAUUUUUAUUCCACAACGUAUGUAUGCUCUUGGAUAAUCUAUGAGACAGCACUUUGCGUUAUACUAUUUGUUUGCAAUAUGUUUCUGAAAACAAACUGGUGCCAAGCCUGGGCAGGUAUUUGAAUGGUGGAACCUCGGGCUUUCAAACAAAAA